GUUUUGUUGUAUUGACAAUGGCUGCCAAGUCUGCAAGCUACAUCAAGGGCGUUGGCAUGGUCGGCGCCUUCGCCAACUGGAUGAUCCCGGUCGCUGCCUUUGCAUCAAUCACCGACGACCCCAGCAGGAUCAACCCUGGCAUGACUUCAGCCCUCGCCGUAUACAGUUUGUUCUUUAUGCGGUGGUCGCUCGCCAUUUCCCCGCCCAACCCGGCACUGUUCGCGUGCCACGUCGCCAACGAAGCUGCCCAAUUGACGCAGCUGUUCCGUUACGGAAAGUAUGCAAUGUCGGACAAGACAGAGGCCACUCCAGCUGCCGUUGCUGCUGCUCCUAGCGAGCAAAAGAAGUGAUUGUGCAUCUGUAUCGCAAUAGAAAAAACAUUCGUUU